AUGGGUUACGACAAGACUGACGAGCUCUGCAUCAACACCAUCCGGACCCUCGCCGUCGAUGCCACCUUCCAGGCCAAUUCAGGCCAUCCGGGCGCCCCGAUGGGCAUGGCUCCGGUGGCCCACGUCCUGUUCAACAAAUUCAUGACCUUCAACCCCAAAAAUCCCGACUGGGUGAACCGCGAUCGUUUCGUUCUCUCAAACGGUCACGGCUGCAUGCUUCAGUAUGCGCUGCUCCACCUGUUCGGCUAUGGUGUCAGCAUUAACGACUUGAAGAACUUCCGACAAGUCGACAGCAUCACUCCCGGCCAUCCAGAGGCACAUGACACCCCGGGUGUUGAAGUGACCACUGGUCCCCUUGGUCAAGGCUUCGGGAACGCCGUUGGCCUCGCCAUUGCCCAACAGCAUACCGCGGCCGUGUUCAACAAGCCCGGUUUCGAUCUCAUCACCAACCACACCUAUGUUUUCUUCGGCGAUGGAUGUGCUAUGGAGGGUGUUUCCAGCGAGGCUGCCAGCAUGGCGGGUCAUUUGCAGCUGGGCAACUUGAUUGCCAUCUAUGACGACAACCACAUCUCCAUCGAUGGCGACACUGCUUGCGCCUUCACGGAGGACGUCCUGAAGCGAUUUGAAGCCUACGGCUGGCACACACUGACGGUCGAGAAGGGUGAUACUGAUUACCAGGGUAUCGAGGAGGCAAUCCGCCAGGCCAAGGCAGUCACGGACAAGCCUUCCGUCAUCAAGCUGAGGACCACGAUUGGGUUCGGCUCCAAGCUCGAGGGCACUGGUGGCGUGCACGGCAAUCCCUUGAAGGCCGAUGAUGCUAAGCAGGUGAAGCAGAAGUUCGGGUUCAAUCCGGACGAGAUGUUCGUCGUUCCCCAGGAGGUCUACGACAGGUAUAACAAGCACGCUGCUGAGGGUGCUGCCGCCGAAGAGGAGUGGAAGGCGUUGUUCGCGAAGUACGGACAGGAACACAAGGAUCUCCACACCGAUUUCGCACGCCGCUUGACCGGAGACCUCCCGGAGGGAUGGCAAACCAAGCUCCCCGUCUACAAGCCCAGCGAUGCCCCCGUUGCGUCCCGAAAGCUUUCCGAGGCGGUCCUGGAAGCCAUCCACGACACCGUCCCUGAGCUGCUCUCCGGUUCAGCCGAUUUGACUGGAUCGAACAACACACGGUGGAAGAACGCCGUCGACUUCCAGCCUCCAAGCACCAAGCUGGGCGACUGGAGCGGUCGGUAUCUGCGGUACGGUGUGCGCGAGCAUGCCAUGGCCGCGGCGAUGAAUGGACUGGCGGCAUACGGCACCAUCAUCCCUGCUGCCGGUACUUUCCUGAACUUCGUUUCGUACGCCGCCGGUGCCGUCCGUCUGUCGGCUCUUUCCCACCGCCGCGUCAUCUACAUCGCCACCCACGACUCGAUCGGUCUGGGAGAGGACGGCCCGACCCAUCAACCCAUCGAGACGCUCGCUCACUUCCGAGCCCUCCCCAACAUGAUGGUGUGGCGUCCGGCGGACGGCAACGAGACCAGCGCCGCAUACUACAUGGCGUUGACCAGCAAGGGCACCCCCAGCAUCAUCGCCCUGACCCGCCAAAACCUGCCGCAUCUCGAGAACUCGACCAUCGAAGGUGCCAGCAAGGGCGGUUACGUCCUCAAGGAGGACAAAGACGCCGCCAUCACCCUGGUCUCCACUGGCUCGGAGGUGUCCAUCUGCAUGGAGACCGUCAAGUUCCUCGCCGAGAAGGGCGUCAAGUCCCGCGUCGUGUCCAUGCCCUGCACGGAGAUCUUCGACGCGCAGCCGAAGGAGUACAAGAUCAGCGUCAUCCGCGCCGGCAUCCCGGCGUUGAGCGUCGAGGUCAUGAGCACCCUGGGCUGGGAGAAGUACAGCCACGAGCAGUUCGGACUGAACCGGUUCGGCGCCAGUGGACCGUACAAGCAGGUUUACGAGAAAUUCGAGUUCACGCCCGCGGGUAUCGCGAAGCGUGCGCUUGCGACUAUUGAGUUCUACAAGGAUGUCAAGCCGCUCCGCUCUCCGGUCGACCGGGCUUUCCAGCAGCUGAUAUAA